UCGUGGCCUGGUCCAAUGAUCCUCCGAGAUUCGACGUCCUCGAAGGCUCCAAGGCCGACGGUCAUCGGCCCAGCCUCCCAGAUUUUCUUUUCAGCGAGACGCUUGCAGGCAGGUGGGCACCGUGGGCAGUAGGUAGGCACGGCAGGAAAGUUGCAGAAAUCCAGGCGGCGCGGCGCAGACCUGGCAGGGAGGAGCUUUUCAUGACUUCAUGAGGGUGAUUCGUGGGUGUAUUUGGCCACAUACGUUUCAUGCAGCUGCAGCGUCCUGCUGCUCCGCAUCGAGGCUAGGAAAAGCAUCUGCCCACUGCCCACUGCACACUGCCCACUGCCCCCUCGCAGUUUGGCCUUCUGAUUCGAGGAUUCCUGCAAAAGGACCUGUAUCCAAUGGCACGGGAGCCACUCACUCGCCGGCCGCUGCGUCAGUCCCGGUCGCAGUCCCAGUGCCCUCGCCGGCCCAAUUAGGGGCGUUCAAGCCAGAGACCACCUCCCCAUCCGAGGCCAUCUCAGACUGUGCGCUCUCCCCCAACGACAUCGAAAGGCAGAGAGGCUCGUCGCAUGCUCUGCCAGUGGCCCGCGACGACGAUAAUCCCCAGCCUCCAUCCGACACAACUCGUCGUGCGAAUCCGACUCGCUGCCGGAUCACUUUCUGGGCGACUUGAGCGCCUUCUCUCUGGCUUCUUGCAGCCUGGACGCACCAGCGACGCCGCAUCUCCUGAGUCUCACUCCUCAUUCGGGGCAGCUCCUCUCCUUCUCGAGCGCCACUGCUUGCUUUUCCGACCCGCUUGACUUGUACUGCGAUACCACGGUCCUUUCACGACGUUCACGAUAUUCACGACUCUCGUUAUUUCUCUUUC